AGACCACUAGUUAGUUAGCAAUUAACAAAAUAAACAAAACAGAACACAGCUUACUUACUCUGAAGCAGAGUUUCAACCUCCUCUAGGUCUUUCACGGCGUGUUCAGCGCUCUGAAACAUGCCGAUGUGAAAGUCACAUCUGUCUCUUGUUCAACUCUUUCCUGGCGGGGUCGUUGAGAAACCCAUGUUGUAAUGUUUUGGUGACAUCUCUGUACUUUUCCACAAGCUGCCGAAGAUAUCUUUGUACGGACUCAUUCCGGUAUAAAUCUCCCAAAUGGUUGUUCCAAUAACGUCUUUAUGAUACGAGUGAUCGAUUUGCUAGUUCCUUCCAUAUUGUCUUGCGCAUGUGGAGGGCGCACCAGCCAUACAGUCGAAUACAUUUCUGCGUAAGCAUCUGGCUACAGUGUAUACGAAUGGAUAUUUAACGUUCAGUAUUAAACGGAUCUUUACGAAAUGGAAAGCAGUCUGCCAAGAUGUCAGCAGCUCAGGAGAACAGAAGCAACUUCAAACAGAACUCUUAUUGGUACCGUCGUUUUCAUGGGAUUACUUCAAGUGGUAUCAAGUGUUGCGGUUGUACUUCACUUGACAGGUCAUCUUCAACAGGUCACCCAGACCGGACCAGCCCUAGUUGAGACUUCGGACGACCUCCAGAGAGGGGAGUCACAGAGGUGCCCAAAAAAACCCAGGGAGGUCAUACCAUCAGCCCACCUGCCCAUUCAGCCUCCCAGUGGGCACAUCCAGAGAGAUAUCCAGAACACCAUGAUCCACUGGGACCACGCCCAUGGACACCUGUCCAAGAUCGGGUACCAUGACGGCAGGAUCCUAGUCCGCGAGGGAGGCCUGUACUACAUCUACUCCAAAACCUGCUUCAGGUACUACGACCAGGUGGAGGAGUCACUGUUGGAGUCUGGGUCUCAUGCUCCAGGGAGAAAAGGGGCUUCAGCAGAGCCUAGCAUUCACAGAGAAGAUGGGGUCGGGGCUGGUGCCCUUCUUAUACAAUACGUGUUCCACGAGCGUCACAGUCACAGUGCCCCCCUCAGGCCAGCUGUGCUGAUGAAAAGCGGCAGCACCAAGCACUGGCAGAGGGGCCACUACCACAUGUGUUGUCAGCAGCAGGGAGGUGCUUUCCCCCUGGGGCCCGGGGACAGUAUCUAUGUCAGCGUGUCCAACUCCUGGCUGCUGGACCCGGAAGCUGAGGGAAGCUACUUCGGGGCCUUCAGAAUCAACAGAUGAUGAAUGAGGAAGGAGACGCAGGGCAAUUAAUUGAUAAAUUAGUAACUGAUAUAUCUUUAAUCCCAUUCCCAGCUCAGGGCUGUAGAUGAGGUGGAAUUAUUAUCUGUUAGAUAGCUGGACUGUCUGCAUAUGGAAUAGAUUUUUGUAUUUUUAUACUGUGAAAACAAACUGAAUUUGGCUCACUUUGAACUUGGUUUUAUGAAGUUUUCAAUAUUUAUGUAUUUUCUGAUGUCUCGUAUUCAAUUCUGUGUUCAGUUUUUUGUGUGUUUAUAGAACAUUCCAAUAAAGCCAUAUGCAAUUGUAAAAAUACA